CUGUGCUAAUUUUUUCGUCAGUUACUGUUCCUGUUGUUUCAUUAAUUGCUGGUUAUGUUAUAUGGUAACACUUUAUUUGACAGUGCUGCUGUAAGAUUGUCAUUGGACAAUCAUAAUUAUGACAUGAAACUGUCUUGAGCAUGAAUGAACGCUUAUAACAGAUGUUAUAUAAUGUCACCUGGCAAAUUAUCUCACUUUUGAAUGGAUGUAAAUGAUCCGAGCUGGACAUAAAUGGAGUUAGUGCCAUAGUUUCCCGGAUGACACUUAAUGACAUCUGUCAUAAGCAUUCAAUAAUGCCCAUGAUGGUGUCAUGUUAUAAUUAGGACGCUACUGUCAAAUAAAGCAUUAUCUAUUAACCCAAAUAAAUCAACAAAUAAGUUUCAGUGGACGAUAAGCCGCAGGAUUUAAAAUGAGGGGGAAAAGCGGAUUAUAGUCUGAAAAUUACGGUAAAUGCAUGUCCAAACUGGAGUACCCAAUGAAAUCUAAUGCAAGCUAAGGUAUAAAACGAGGUUCUGAACUGAGAUUCAAACCCAGCACCAUCUUACUGCCCUACAUUAACCCUCGUGUACACUAUCAUCACAUUUAAUAAGUGAAGUUCCUCUUCUGUUCUUUGGCUCCAAGUCACAUGGUCAGCUGCAACUGUCCGUCCUUGACUGUGCAGAGUGAGCAGCUUGUUUGCAUAGUAAGUAAUGAUUACAUUGGGAUUGAGCUCCCUGAAUGACUCGGUGGUUUUGCAGAUCCUGCAGCCGCGCUGACAUUCAUCCACAUUCAAGUAUCAGCACGACAAAAUGAACAUGUUUCGUGCUGUUGUCUUCUUCCUGGCUUAUUUCGGCCAUGCUACUUCAGCAUGCCCGGCGCUUUGCAAAUGCUACUCAAGAAGAUCAGAGGUGGUCUGCAACGAGGUCCCCCUGACCGAAUUCCCCUCUGUAGGUCUCCCAGAGAAUACCACUACCCUUACCAUCCAGUUCACUAACAUCACAUCCAUUUCUGAGGAGGAUCUCAAAGCGAUACCCAAGCUGAAGGAGCUCCACCUGUUCAGCAAUCACUUAAAAAACCUGUCCUCACAUCUCCUCAGGGGCGUGCCACACCUCACCACUUUGGACCUGACUGGCAACAAACUGAGGCACUUGCCUGCAGAUGUCUUCAGCCAUGCCCCGCUUCAAAUACUUGUGCUCAAAAACAACCUUAUCGAGAAAGCGGAAGCUUCGUGGCUUCCAGAUAACUCCAACCUUACCUGGCUGGACGUCUCUGGGAAUCGUUUGACGAAUGUCCCUGCGGAUUUUCUUAAAAAGAUCCCCCACUUGGAAAACCUUGACCUCUCCCACAACCAUCUAGAGAAGCUCUCAGCAGGUUCCCUGGAUCCACUCACCAAACUUGAUCGCCUGAAUCUGCGCAACAACAAACUCGAAAAUCUCAACGCUUCUUUACUCCAUAGCACCCGGAACCUUACCUACCUGUUCCUCUCCAGGAACAAGCUUAGUCGUGUACCCCAGAACAUUUUUCAGGAGCUCACUCAGCUCAAACAUCUCAGUCUGGAUGACAACCAACUCAGCAGCAUCCCCUCAGGACUGCUCAACCAUCUGAACGCCCUGGAGGAUGAGGGGCUGGAUCUGACUGCAAACCCGUGGAUGUGUGAUGGGAAGAUUGAGUACCUCUUCGGGUGGCUCCAGAAGAACCAAAAGAAAGCGUUCCUACCGGAGACCAUCAUUUGUUCCGGUCCUCAGUCUCUGAAGAGUCGCUCGGUGAUGUCACUCAAAGAGACUGAUAAGGUGGAGUGCGCAGACGUCUCGACCAUGACGUCAUUCCCUGUUGACGGUUUACCACCCGACACAACUGUGUUGUCCAUCUGGUCUACCCAGAUUUCCUCUAUUGAAGCAAGUCAUUUAAAUGCUGUGCCCUUUUUGAACAGGCUUCAACUGUACGCAAACAAAUUGGACAAACUUCCUUCAAAUCUACUGCAGAACGCUUCCCGGCUAAACUCAUUGGACCUCACUGGAAAUGAGCUUGGACAUCUUCCUCCAGGAGUCUUCAACCAGAAGUCACUCCGAAACCUAGUCCUCAAAAAUAAUCACAUUGAACAAGCAGACGCAGGGUGGUUUGCUGAUAACAACAGCUUAAUCUGGUUGGACUUGUCCGGGAAUCGGUUAUCAGAUAUCCCAACAGCUUUGCUUCAGAAGCUAAAACAUCUGGAACAUCUGGACUUAAGUGACAACAACCUGCAAGAUCUGCAACCAGAUGCCCUGAAGAACCUGCACCAUCUGGACAUUCUUAACCUCGCCAGGAACAAACUCACCACUCUUCCUCCAACAGCCUUCAGUCACAACCCGAACCUCUUACGUCUGUUUCUACAGGAAAAUCUUCUUAGAGAGCUUCCACCAUCCCUUUUCUCAGGUCUGCAGCGUCUUCAGAUGCUUCUUCUCAACCAGAACCGGCUCCAGCAUAUCCCCGAGGGCCUGCUAGAUGGCAGGAAUUCUUCUUUCCAGUUGAUCCUAGCAACAAACCCAUGGCUCUGUGAUGGGAAAAUACAGUAUCUGUGGAGGUGGCUUAAUGAGCAUACACAGAAUGUCUUUUAUUUGGAGGAGGUGACAUGCAACAGACCCGAAGAGCUCAAAGACAGACAAGUUGUGUCUUUAACUGAAAGUGAACUUGGUCUGGUCAGAUGAGAUGAU